AUCACAGUUGCGCGUCCGCUGUAGAGACUCCAGCGCGCUAGAGCAACGUCAGAAACUCGCAGUGUGUGUCCCACUUCUUGUUGGCUCCAUCGAACACAGUUGGGGCUGCAGCACGAGCGAAAGGGUGGCUUUUUCCCUUGCGAUUUUACCCGCACAUUUUUGCUGCAUUUUCGCCACUUGUGCCCUCUGACCCGUGACAAUUUUUUUUCUCCCUCAACACCCGGUCAAUCUCAUCUUCUUGCCAUAUUGCUCUACACAAGAGAGAUUCUGCGGUUGUGCUUGAGAAAAUAUAAUAAAUCCCGUGUGCUGAAAUAUCCAAUUCAAAUGGCUCCUCAAUUGGGGUAUGUAUAUAAAAUCGUCGUCAGUUAAUUGAUGUUGUUCUCAAUGUUUUGCGCUUUCCAUGGUGGAGAAGGAGGUGGAUUACGUUGUGUUCAUCUUAUGGGUUCAGUGAAUAUUCAGAUGCAAUUAAAAUCCCUUUAAAACAAGAGAUUAAGUGGUGUGGAAAAUUCAAUGUUCUGUGGGGUUCACGGGAGGGAAAUUGUUUAAUUUCUAUAUCUCAUCCCAUGACUGAGAUUGUGCGUCUUUGGGCGUCUGGUGGUGUCUAAUAGAGAUUCUCUUGUAUUUUUGAUACUGGCCCGUGUGUAAUUUUCCUAAGGAGAGGGAAAUUUUGCGUCGCUAAAAAUAAAAUUGUGUGCCGUUGAGCUUUUUCUUGCUUGGUAAGACUAAUGUGAGAAAAAUGGCAUUUGGGAGUGUGUUAAUUUCAUGUGAUUUUCCUCACUAAACCUCAGUCAUUUGGGUAAAGGUCUAUUGAGCUCUUCAUAUUGUUCAAUUUGAUUUAUAUUUUUUUUUGUGUGUGAUUAGUGUGUCCUACAUUGCUUGUUGUUCUCCUUCUUCGAGGACAUUGAUGGGCCUUUUUUUUCGACUGUUCCUGCCCAAGAAUCUUGUCGUUCUUUUUCGUCCUCUGUGGGCAGGGCAUUUGAGGCUCUCUUCUUUUUUUUUCAUCGCUUUGUGGCACAAUGUGUGAUGAUAAAUUUUUUUUCUACUCUCUUUGUGACACAAUUCCUCCUAUAAGUUGACUCUUAUGCUAAUAGUAUGAAUAUUUUUUGCAAAUAAUAUUCCCUUGAGCGUUACAUAAUGGCAUUACGAAUAAAUUAAUUUAUAGGAAUUCGUGCUUCCCUGGUGAGAGUUGUGCUAUUAGAAUAUUUUUUUUAGAGUGCAGGCACUUUUACCAAUUUUUGCAUUUUUAAGUGAAAAUUUGAAACACUUGAGUGGAUAUUUUUGCAGUUUAAUCUCAUCGCGAGGGAAAAAAAAAAGUGAGAGCCAAUACAGCGGAGAAUUCAUGCAACGUCUUUUACUUGAUGGCGUCAAAAUUAGCAAAGUGGAACAUUGUGCAAAAUUUCACAAUAUCUGGGCGGGGGUGAAUUAUAUAAUGCCCGGAGUAAAAUAAAAAAAAAUCAUUUAUAUCUAACAACAAAUUUGCUUGAUGUGUGGGGAGGUAUAUACGAAAAAAAAACAGGCCAAAUAGCUUCUCUCAGGCAGGUUUCUCCAGUGUUUGCGAUCACGAGAAUUGCCACGGUUCUGACGUUGGAUUUGUGAUUAAUAUUUCGUGGGUGGAGUAAGGAGGAGGAGGACACAAUUUUCUCCUCGCGGCGUUGAUUGACGCGGAACCCCAUGACGGGCGGUGAUACACGUCGAGAUUUCUGUGCCACACUCACGAAACGGGAGCAAUUCAUUCACUCCAUGAUCAAUACCUUUUCACCCACUUCCGUUUGCGAGGGUCACGAAGUGAUUUCUUUCCCCUCCGAUGGCCCCUUCCGGGACUCCCAUGAGGUGGCACCAGUCCGGAAGCACUCCACAAAGGAUGUGGGAAACUCCCCCAAGAAGUCCUUCGUGGUUGAGGAGAAGUACAGGCAAUCGAGCGUCAUAACGUCCCACUUGAGUCUCCAUCAGCGCUUUCAUGAAACACAAAUUGCCGAGAAGGCACAACCGGCUGGGUCUUCAAUCGAUGAUUUCAGCCACUUCACCCUCUGCACCACUCACAUUGUUGGUUUUAUUGCUCUCCUUGUAAUUCUCUCUCGCUGCAUGGGCGUCCAUGUGCUGCAGGGUGCUGUGAGGAAGUCCACAAAUGCUGAUUCACAUCCCCCAAGUGAAUUCCACGAUGGUACAGAUGCACUGAGAAUGCAAUCGGGCUGUGGGGAAGAUGGGGAGGAAACCCCAUCGCCGGGGAGAAAGCCCAAGGGUGGUGUGAAGAAGAAAUGGGAUCGUAUUCUCUUCACAAAGAAGCGAAAAUGUGUCUCAAUGGGGCCCAUCAUGGUUGCUCAUGGACGCGAUAGGAGUGACUCUCCGCCACCGCUGCCACCGAAACCACCACCACGUAUAAAGAGCCCCAAAAAUACAGAGCAGUCAGCAAGCUAUGUAUCCGAGCCACGUUCCGGGACAACAGAUGAAGUGUACGCAGAAUCACCGGAUAGUAGCCUCUAUGGGAGCGAUGAGGAGCAAGAGGAUGUCUCCCAAUACUGCCGUGGUGGCUACCAUCCAAUCGUUAUUGGGGAUGUGUUCGACAAUCGCUACCGUGUCGUCCGGAAGCUGGGAUGGGGGCACUUUUCCACGGUCUGGCUUUGCUGGGAUAUCGAGGACGAAAAGUACGUUGCCUUGAAGGUGGUCAAGAGCGCACCGCACUACACGGAGACUGCAACGGAUGAAAUUCACUUGCUAGAGGUGAUUAGUACAGCCGAUCCAUUUGAUCCCAAUCGUGAUAAGAUCGUUAGGUUGCUGAACAACUUCACGGUACGCGGUGUGAAUGGGGUGCACACGUGUCUCGUGUUUGAGGCGCUGGGAUGCAGCCUCUACAAGCUUAUUGUGAAGAACAAUUAUCAGGGAUUGCCACUGCAUCUGGUGCGUUCGGUGAUUAAGCAGGUACUUCAGGGCCUCGACUAUCUGCACACGAAAUGCCACAUUAUUCACACGGACAUUAAGCCGGAAAAUAUCCUUUUGGUGAUGGACAACGUUGCAGUGGUGAAUCAGCAGAUUGAUGAUGAAAUAAUGUCAAUGAGAGCACGUGGAAUUGAAUUUCCUGAUUCCUACGUGAGUGCUUUCGAGAAGCGUUCCCUCAAUCGGAGCAGCAUUGAGGAGGAUCUCCUGAAGAGUACCCCCAUCUCGUCCUCGGGUACGUCCAAACAGACAACUGGGACAGCAAGCAUCGACAUCUCGUCGCCAUCGGAGGAUGAGGUCAUGAGUGGUGGCAUAAUGUCCUUCCGGCAGCAGUCAAGCUUGGAGGAUUUUGUGGACAAUUCAGGAGCGGCGGCCAUAGCGGGCGUACUUACGGGAUCCGAUUUCCCGGGGCGCUAUCGUGUUGAAAGGCGUAGCAGUCAAGCACAAUUAGCCAAACUCGAGUUGGCCGCCUUAAAUGAAAGGACAGGGACAGCGUCUGAAUUAACAAAGGACCAAACAAAGGCAUUUAUGCCGUCAACUCAAUCAUAUUCGAGCACUCUUCAGUCGAUAAUCAACGGGAACAGUAUUCGUGUGAAAAUUGCCGACUUGGGAAAUGCUUGUUAUGACUAUCACCACUUCACGGAGGACAUCCAGACGCGUCAGUAUCGCUCGGUGGAGGUCCUCCUGGGGGCACCGUACAAUUUUACGGCGGACAUUUGGAGCACGGCGUGCCUGGCUUUUGAACUGGCCACCGGGGACUACUUGUUUGAUCCACAUGCCGGCGACAAUUACUCACGCGACGAGGAUCAUUUGGCGCAUAUCAUCGAACUCCUGGGAAACAUUCCACCAAGUUUAGUCUUCCGUGGGAAGCACGGGAACAAAUAUUUCACCAGCACUGGUCAUUUGAGGAAUAUACUGAAAUUGAAGCCGUGGGGUCUCCAGAAUGUCCUGAUUGAGAAAUACGAGUGGGAUCCCAUUGAGGCGCGCAACUUUACGGACUUCCUGCUUCCGAUGCUGCACUUCAAUCCCAUCCUCCGGGCAUCUGCUGCGACAUGUCUAAAACAUCCGUGGCUCGAUUAAGUGUUCAUGCAAUUUGCAAGCUGCAGGGAUUCCGUGUAGGCGCAGAGUGAAAGGCGAAAAAAAAAAUAACUUAUUGCAUAGUUAAAUAUCAUCUCUUUCAUCAUUUUAUUGUUAGUCAAAAUAUUUAAUAUUAAUGAAAAAAAAACCUAAACUAAUGCAAGGAUCUUGUAGACGAAGGUAUUGUAAUAUUAUCAUGAGAAACAAAAAAAAUGUGAGGAGAGAAAUUAAAAGGAAUUUUGCCAAAUUGGACUGAGGGUAAAAA